GGCCGGAGCCCGGGGCGCGCACUCCGCCCGGCCCGGGCCCCAGCAUGGCCGAGCCGCUACUCAGGAAAACCUUCUCCCGCCUUCGGGGCCGGGAGAAACUUCCCCGGAAAAAGUCGGACGCGAAGGAGCGCGGCCGCCCAGCCCAGCGCCCGGAGCCCAGUCCUCCAGAACCAGAGCCCCAGGCCCCGGAAGGAUCCCAGGCUGGAGCAGAGGGGCCCCCCAGCCCCGAGGCAUCUCGGAGCCCGGCUCGGGGUGCCUACCUGCAGAGCCUGGAGCCCAGCAGCCGCCGAUGGGUGCUGGGCGGGGCCAAGCCACCAGAUGAGGCCACCUUGGGGCCCGGGGCAGCUGGCAGUAGGGAGCCUGCUGGUGAGAUCUGGUACAACCCCAUCCCUGAGGAGGACCCCAGACUCCCGGCACCUGAGCUCCCAGGCCCACAGCCAGGCUCAGCUGAGCAGGAGAGCCUGGCCUCCCCAGGCGCAGCCCCCGCCAGUCCCCCAACCAAAGCCUCCCGCACCAAGUCCCCAGGCCCGGCCAGGCGGCUCUCAAUGAAGAUGAAGAAGCUGCCCGAGCUGCGGCGCCGCCUGAGUCUGCGGAGCACCCGGGCUGGCCGAGAGCGUGAGCGAGCCGCCCCCGCGGGGUCCGUCAUCAGCCGUUACCACCUGGACAGCAGCGUGGGGACCCCGGGGCGGGCGGCAGUGUCUGAGGGCGCACGGGGCCUGAGGGCCGGUUACCUCAGUGAUGGCGACUCUCCUGAGCGCCCAGCGGGGCCCCCGUCGCCCACCGCCUUCCGACCCUAUGAGGUGGGCCCAUCGGCCCGGACGCCCCCCACUGCACUCUGGGGCCGCCUCAGCCUGCACCUGUACGGGCUGGGGGGGCUGCGACCGGCACCUGGGGCCACUCCGCGAGACCUCUGCUGCCUGCUGCAGGUGGAUGGGGUGGCCCGGGCCCGAACGGGGCCGCUGCGUGGGGGGCCAGACUUCCUGCGGCUGGACCACACCUUCCACCUGGAACUCGAGGCCGCGCGGCUGCUGCGGGCCCUGGUGCUGGCGUGGGACCCCGGCGUUCGGCGGCACCGGCCCUGCGCCCAGGGUACUGUGCUGCUGCCCACGGUUUUCCGAGGGUGCGAGGCCCAGCAGCUGGCUGUGCGCCUGGAGCCCCAAGGGCUGCUGUAUGCCAAGCUGACCCUGUCGGAGCAACAGGAAGCACCAGGCACAGCUGAGCCCCGAGUCUUCGGGCUGCCCCUGCCACUGCUGGUGGAGCGGGAACAGUCCCCGGGCCAGGUGCCCCUCAUCAUCCAGAAGUGUGUUGGGCAGAUCGAGCGCCGAGGGCUACGGGUAGUGGGGCUGUACCGUCUGUGUGGCUCAGCAGCCGUGAAGAAAGAGCUUCGAGAUGCCUUUGAGCGGGACAGUGCAGCUGUCUGCCUCUCCGAGGACCUGUACCCUGAUAUCAAUGUCAUCACUGGCAUCCUCAAGGAUUAUCUGCGGGAGCUGCCUACCCCGCUCAUCACCCAGCCCCUCUAUCAGGUGGUGUUGGAGGCCAUGGCCCGAGAGCCCCCAAGCAGGGCUCCUUCCAGCACUGAGGGCACCCGUGGGCUCCUCAGCUGCCUGCCAGAUGUGGAGAGGGCUACACUGACGCUUCUCCUGGACCACCUGCGCCUUGUCUCCUCCUUCCACGCCCACAACCGCAUGACUCCGCAGAACCUGGCCGUUUGCUUCGGUCCUGUGCUGCUGCCGGCGCGCCAGGCACCCGCCAGGCCCCGCAUCCGCAGCUCUGGCCCGGGCGUCUCGAAUGCAGUGGACUUCAAGCGCCACAUCGAGGUGCUGCACUACCUGCUGCAAGCCUGGCCAGAUCCGCGCAGGCCCCCAGAGGCUCCGGAGCUGGUCCCGUACCUGCGGCCCAAACGACAGCCGCCGCUGCACUUGCCGCUAGCGAGCCCCGAAGUGGUGACUCGGCCCCGCGGCCGGGGCGGCCCCGAGAGCCCGCCGAGCAACCGCUACGCCGGUGACUGGAGCGUUUGCGGGCGGGACUUCCUGCCUUGCGGGCGGGACUUCCUGUCCGGGCCGGACUACGACCACGUGACGGGCAGCGACAGCGAAGACGAGGACGAAGAGGCUGGCGAGCCGACGGUCGCCACCGACUUCGAAGACGACUUCGAGGCUCCCUUCAACCCGCACCUGAACCUCAAAGACUUUGAUGCCCUCAUCAUGGACCUGGAGAGAGAGCUCUCCAAGCAGAUCAACGUGUGUCUGUGAGCCGGGCGGGGCCGGACCCCGAUUACUAAGGCCGGGCUCCUGGUUGCUAAGGCGGUGCCCUAACGACCUAGGGGGACCAGACCUGUAGCUCAGGCCUAGCUCCUGGUUCCUGGGGAGUUGCCUAGUGACCAGCCAACCCAUUGCUGAGAAUCAUUCCUCGUUUCCAGUGCUCAACAUUUGGGCACUGGGUGCGAAGGCCGGGGAUUGGGAAUUUUCGGGACCAGCUAUUGUGGCCAUCUUUUCUGAGUACCAAGGGCUUCUUCCCGGCUGCCAAAAGGCAGUUCUGCUUGCAGGGCUGGCUGGCCUCUCUUGCUUCCCCUUAGCCAGGGAAACGCCAGUUACUGUGAGCAUCACCCUGGGAUGGUGAGACACCCCCCCAGUUCAGUCCUCUUGCUGCUGCCAACCAAAUCAGUAUUAGCUUUGAGCACUGCACUCUGCUUCUCCCUCGGCGGGCCCAAGGACUAUCAUGAGGUACUGUUUGAGGCAGGGUGGGGGAAAGCCCCUAUCCUGGGCUCUGGCUGGAUAGGAGCAGCCUGAGGCUUAUAGGAAAACAGCUGGUUUCCCCACUCUCUUUUCCGAGGAAAACCCCAUAAUUGCCUCAAACCAGCAAAAGUAGAUAGCAGAGUAUGGCCCUUCCCCUCCCCAAUUCUUCCUCCCCAUUCCUGAACAAAUUGAGCACUUAUAAGACCUCCCUUUCGGAGGGGCCCCACCUGAAGUGUCAGGCUGGGGGCAUUUUGGUACGGAACAUAUUUAUUGCCUCCGUGCGUGUGUGUCUGUGUGUGAGGACUAGUGUGCAUGGACAUGUCUAGAGCAGGCAUGUGGGGCUCUUUCAGGGACCACAGAGCGGGGAAAGAGUUUGCAGUGCCCAGGCACCCUGAAAUCUCCAGUAGUGGUGCCUCAGUGAGCCCCAGAGUUCCAGUGGGAGAGUAGGGUCCCCUCCUGUCUCCUCCCUCUUUCCCUCACUUCCAUCUUUGUGGACAAUAAAUCAGUAUGCACAGGUUCUGGGAUGAGUACUUGGGCCCACAUGGACCAGAGGUGGUUUAUUCAAUGUGUAAGAGAGAAGGGGAGAAAGGACACAGC